AUGAUGGAUAACUUAAAGCCACCAAAGGAACUGAAUAUCCAUGAAGCACAUGUAGAAUGGCCGAAAUGGAAAAAGAAUUUUAAUAUAUACAAAGUGGCUGCUGGUAUAUCAAAAAAGAAAAAGGACGAACAACUAGCCAUCUUCUUACAUAUAAUAGGGGAGGACGCUAGAGAGGUGUUUGAUACAUUCGAGACAGAAGGAGAGGUAACAGAACUUGACAAAGCAAUUGAACUCUUUGAUUUGUUUUAUAAGCAAAAAAUUAAUGAAUGUGUCGAAGCAUACAAAUUUAACAUUCGUGAACAGAAAGUAGGUGAAACUUUCGGAGAAUAUCUUUCUGCGCUAAGAAAAUUAAGCGAGAACUGUAAUUUUGGAACAAUGAAGGACCGUCUUAUUAGAGAUCGAGUAGUGGCUGGCAUUGUUGAUAAAAAAUUACAAGAAAAAUUUCUGUCAGAGACUGAUUUGACAUUAGAAAGAGUAAUUGAUUUAACUAAAAAAUAUCAAGCAGCUCAAGAUCAAAAACAACUUAUGAAUAGCACGGUUGUAGAAGAAAAAUUAAUAAUGAAAUUAAGCAAGCAACAAAAUAAACAAUUUAAACAAGGUCAAUCAAAUGUAAAAAAGGUGACAGUUAAACAAAUAGAAAACUGUUCAAGAUGUGGUAAAACACAUGAUGUCAAUAAAUGUCCAGCUUAUCAACAGGAAUGUAUGAAAUGUCAUAAACCUAACCAUUUUGCUAUAAAAUGUAAGUCUACUGUUGGUACAAAUAACAGUAAUAAAAAUGAUUGGAAGAAAUCGAAAAAAACGAGCACUAUUAAAGAAAUAUCAGUAAAAAACAAUAUCGUUUCUGCAGCUGAUAGCUCUGGAGACCUAUGUCUAGGAGCAGUAUUUUGCAAUGUCAGCAAAUGUGAAAAGCGCAAGUCAUCCAAUGCAGCGGUUCAGUGGUAUGAAGAGCUACAGGUUCAAGGGAAAAUGAUCCAGUUCAAACUAGAUACGGGAGCAGAAGCCAAUGUAAUUCCAUUAUCAGUGUUGAACGCGGUGGGAUUAACGCCUAUCACAGUGAACAGAUGCAAAGAAAAACUUGUAAAUUAUUCAGGUACUGAUAUUAAUGCUUUAGGUAAAAUUAAUUUAUUAUGUAAAAUUAAGUCAAAUGAUGAACAAUAUUUAGAGUUUUUUGUUGUAAAUAAUGAAAAUUGUGUACCAAUAUUAGGAUUAAAUUCAUGUGUGGAACUUAAGCUAAUUAAUAGAGUAGACAUCUGUCAAUUAAAUCCUGAUAAAUUUAAUUUAGAAUGUGAGAUUUAUAAAAAGUUUAAAGAUAUUUUUCAUGGGGUAGGUAAUUUCAAACAAAACUAUAAUUUAGAACUAAAAAGUGAUGCUAAACCAGUAACACAUGCACCAAGAAAAUUUGCUAUUUCUUUAUUAGAUCAAUUAAAAAAUGAAUUAAAUAAAUUAGAAAAGAUGGGCAUAAUUAAAAAAGUUAAUGUUCCUACAGAGUGGGUUAAUUCUAUGGUAGUAAUUAAAAAACCUAAUAAUGAGUUGAGAAUUUGCUUAGAUCCACAGGAUUUAAACAAAAAUUUAAAAAGAGAACAUUUUCCUAUGGCCACAGUAGAAGAGAUUAUGGGUAAAAUGUCAGAAGCAUGUAUUUUUAGUAGACUAGAUGCGAAAAAAGGGUUUUAUCAAAUUUCAUUAAGUGAGGAAAGCUCUAAACUAACAACUUUUAAUACUCCGUUUGGAAGAUAUUGUUUUCGCAAACUUCCUUUUGGGCUGAAUGUAGCACCAGAGAUAUUUUACAAACAUUUUUCUCAGUUGUUAGAAGGUCUUGAAGGAGUGCAGGUGUACAUGGAUGAUAUAUUAGUUUUUGGGAAAAACGAAGAAGAACACAAGUCUAGAUUAAUGAAUGUUCUACAUAGAUUGGAAAAAAAUAAUGUUAAAUUAAAUAAAGAUAAGUGUGAAUGGGCGGUUAGUAAAUUAAUUUUUAUUGGUCAUGAGUUCUCAAACACUGGAGUUAGGCCAGACCCUGAUAAGGUAAAAGCAAUUAAAGAAAUGGCACAACCAAAAUGUAAGAAAGAUAUUGAAAGAUUCUUAGGAAUGUAUAAUUAUAUAUCAAAAUUUAUACCCCAUGCAUCAGACAAAACAAAACCACUGAGAGAUUUUUUAAAACAAAAUUCUAGUUUUCAGUGGAGCAUAAAUGAGGAAAAUAUGUGGAAUAGAGUAAAAGAAGAUUUAUGUAAGGUUCCGGUUUUGCAAUAUUACAAUCCAAAUAAAGAAAUAAUAUUAUCUGUUGAUGCUUCACAGUAUGGAGUAGGCGCGGUUCUGCUUCAAGAUAACUUGCCGGUUGCUUAUGCAUCUAAGGCAUUAACAGAGGUACAGUCAAGGUGGGCACAAAUUGAAAAAGAGACGUAUGCAAUAGUUUGGGGUUGUGAGCGGUUUCAUCAGUUUAUUUAUGGUAGGAAAAUAAUUAUAGAAAGUGAUCAUAAACCGUUAGAGUAUAUAUUCAAGAAGCCAUUGAUAGAUACACCUUUACGAUUACAGAGAAUGAGAAUUAGGCUUCAAAUGUAUGAAUUUAGUAUAAAAUUUAAAAAGGGUUCUCUUAUGUAUAUAGCAGACACACUUUCAAGAGCAUUUAUUGAGGAUGUGGAUGAAAAAAAUGAUGUUUUAAAAGUAGCAGAAAUUGAAAUGCAAAGCACUUUAGAACAUUUUCCUAUGUCAACCGCAAAACUGGAUGAAUAUGUAAAAGAGACAGAGAAGGAUAAAGACUUGGGAGUCAUAAAAAAAUGGGUGGUAUCAGGUUGGCCAUGUUAUAGUAAAAUACCAGACAAUUUAAAAGCUUAUUGGAAUGUGCGUAACUCAUUGAUAAUUAGCAACGGGCUAUUGUUAAAAGACAAUAAAAUAGUGGUACCAUUAUCUUUGCAAAAAGAGGUUUUAAAUAAAAUACAUUACAAUCACCUAGGUAUACAAAAAUGUAGAUUGAGAGCUAAGGGAGCAGUAUAUUGGCCGAACAUAAAUAAAGAUAUUGAGUUAAAAGUAAAAAGUUGUGAGUUGUGUGCAAAAUAUCAAGACUCAAAGAGUAAAGAGUACAUGAGACCAAGUGAAACUCCAGAUGAUAGUUGGCAGAUAGUAGGUAUAGAUAUAUUUCAUAUUAAUAAUAUGAAUUUCCUUUUAGUAAUAGAUUAUUUUUCAAAAUAUGUGGAGAUAGCAUUAUUAAAGAAAAUUGAUUCUAAUCAUGUCAUAUCAGAAUUGGUCCCUAUAUUUGCCAGAUUUGGAAUUCCAAGGGUUUUAAAAUCGGACGGUGGCAGACAACUUACAUCAGAGCAGUUUAAACAGUUUGCUAAGGAUUUUGAUAUGGAAUUGGUAAAUUCGUCUCCAGUAUAUGCACAAUCUAAUGGAAUGGUUGAGAGAGCCAUACAAACAGUAAAAAAAAUGUUAAAUAAAGCUUUAGAAGAUGGUCUUGAUUGGAAUAAAUGUUUGAUGGAAUACAGAAACACUCCAAUUAGUGAACUUAUUCCAGCUCCAGCUGAGAUAUUAUUUAAGAGAAAAGUUAAAUCAUUAAUUCCCAGUAUGAGCAAUUCUAAAGUCAAAGAUACUAGUCAAAUAAAAGAAGAAUUAAUUAAGAGAUCAGAGAAACAAAAAAUAGUGUAUGACAGAACAGCAAGAAAAGGUGAACAUUUUGAGGUAGGCGAUACGGUAUGGAUACAAAUUAGAAAUGAAAACAAAUUCUGGAGUAAAGGGUUAAUCAUAGAGAAAGGAACAAAUGAUAGGAAUUUUAAGGUAAAAGUUAUUAAUGGGGGAACACUAUUAAGAAACAGGAGGUUUUUAAAACACAGGAUAAUAGUAAAUGAUGUAGGAAAAAAUAUUGAAAGUGAAAAUGAUUCGAAAAAAACAAAUGUGUCAAUUAAAAAGUCAGAAAGAAUAAAAAAGACACCUCGUUAUCUUAAGGAUUAUAAGUGA